UCCGGCACACAAAAAAAUUGUAAUCUACCGUACAAAGAUCAAAGUGUACAUUCAUACAUGUGAUCUGAGUACUUGCGCCCAUAUCGAGCGUACAGGGGACAUCACUGACGAGCAAGAUCGCUGCACGCUGCCGUUGAGGAGAGAUGAUUGCCACGGGCAGCUUGGCGAAGAAGGCGGCGGCGGCCGGGGCGGUGGGCGGCAAGGCGGCGCGGGCCUGCGACGGCUGCCUGCGCCGGCGGGCGAGGUGGUACUGCGCGGCGGACGACGCGUUCCUGUGCAAGGGGUGCGACACGUCCGUGCACUCGGCGAACCCGCUCGCGCGGCGCCACGAGCGGCUGCGCCUGCGCCCGACGUCGCCGCUGUGCGCGCCGCCGGCGCCCGCGGGGGAGGAGGCGCGGCGCGAGCCUCGGGACGAGGUGGUGCCCGCGUGGUUCAAGCGCAAGGCGCGCACGCCGCGGGGCGGGCACGCCAAGAGCCUCGGGCAGGCGCUGUCGCGGCGGCUCGUCGUGCCGGAGGCGGCGAGCGGGGCGGACUCGCCCGAGGGGCGGAACGGGGAAGAAGAAGGGGAGGUGGAGGAGGAGGAGGAGCAGCUGCUCUACCGCGUGCCCGUCUUCGACCCAGCCCUCGCUGAGUUCUGCUCGCCGCCGCCUCUUGAGGACGCGGCGGCCGUCGCGUCGUCGUGCAACGAGGACGGCGCCGUCGAGGACCCCGCGAAGCCGGCUCCGGCUCCGCCGCCGGCGCAGCUCUUCCCCGACGGCCAUGCCAACUUCGAGCCCACCUACGCCGAGCUCAGGGAGUUCGCCGCUGACAUGGAAGCCCUCCUGGGGCGCGGCCUCGACGACGGGAACGAGGAGGACUCGUCGUUCUACAUGGAGACGCUGGGGCUCCUCGACCCGGUGGACGCCGACGCCGCGCGAGUCAAGGUGGAGAUCGACGGCAGCGGGGCCUGCGAAAUUACCAGCGGCACGCUGGCGGCGUGCGGCCUCGAGCUGGAGGCGGAGGCAUCCGACGACAUGCUGGACAUCGACUUCGACUACGGCUCGCCGGAUCAGGAGACGCCGCCGGACGAGAAGGCCGGGAGCAACGACACGAGCGCCGACGCCCAGUUCUUGCAGACGAGCCUCUCGCUCACCCUCAACUACGAGGCGAUCAUCCAGAGCUGGGGUAGUUCGCCGUGGACCGGCGGCGGCGAGCGGCCGCACGUCAAGCUCGACGGCAGCUGGCCCCACGACUACACGGGCAUGUGGUUGGUGGGAGGACUCGCCGGCCACGGCGGCGAGGAGCUCUGCACGCCGAGGCUGGGGGUGAUGGACGGCGGCCGGGAGGCCCGAGUGUCCCGGUACCGAGAGAAGCGGCGGACGCGGCUCUUCUCCAAGAAGAUCCGGUACGAGGUGCGCAAGCUCAACGCCGAGAAGCGGCCGCGGAUGAAGGGGCGCUUCGUCAAGCGCGCCACCGCCGGGGGCAGCGUCGCCGCCGUCGCGUAAUGCCCCGGCCGCGUGCCGGGCCGGCCGGCCGGCGGCACGCCCCUCGCCCGGUCGUCGUAGAUGAUGACACGAACAGAACAACUCGUCGAAGCUGCUUUAAAUUAGUUCAUUCAACUUGAAUGCAAAUUUUUUUCACGGAUCAGUUCGCCACGGAUAGUAAGUUGUGCCUUCGAGUGGCGAUGGCCGAAUAAUAAUAAUACUAAUGCAGUAGUGCUAGCUAAGUGGAUUGUAAUGCUUGGUUACCUUGGACAUAUCAGAACUUCAGAAGUAUUUUUGCCCUUGUUUCAUCAGAGGGUUUGUCAGUUGGUGCUGGCUCUGUAUAUGCCCAGGAUGAUCAUUGGCUGUGUUGCUGGGACUCUCAUUUUCUUUUGGAGAAAUGCAUAUUGUAUACCUUCAAAAAGGACAUGACAGGCCAUACAUGUAAAUCAUCAAUACAUUAUUGACUGGAUUUGUUGGGUGCCGUCA